AGAGCAUACCUGACACACUUCCUGUGCGUUUUUUUUGCAUGUAAGAUUUGUGCUAUACCGAAUCGUAUUUUGUCCGUGCUAGUAGCGUUAAUAGCCUAUAUAUCUGGACACCAAGGGGCACAUUACGCAGUAUGCCCCUCUUUCAAAAUGAAAUAGGCUCUGAGGUAAAUGUGACCGAUUUCUUAUUCCUGGAGUAGUCAAAAUCGUUGGUCACGCCUCGUGGAAGGCUGGGUUACCAUCGCGUUUGUCAUGGCAUGGCUGAUGGGACACAUGUGAGGCCCACCUGAGGGCCGCCGUUGCCCUCUUACCCCCCCUCUGGCCUGGCCUCCCUGCCAGCAUGUACCGCAGGGACGGCCUGUCGGAUGGAGCCAGCAUCACCUCAGCCACCUCGGAGUCCAGCAGCAGCCCGGAGUCUCUGGAUGGGCCUGCUGUGGACUACGCCAAGAGCUACGAUGCUGUUGUUUUCGACGUGCUCAAGGUCACGCCAGGAGAGUUCGCAAGUCAGAUCACGCUGAUGGAUGCCCCCGUGUUCAAGGCCAUCCAGCCAGAGGAGCUGGCCAGCUGCGGGUGGAGCAAGAGGGAGAAGCACAGCCUGGCGCCUAACGUGGUGGCGUUCACACGUCGAUUCAACCAGGUGAGCUUCUGGUUGGUGAGAGAAAUCCUUACAGCACAGACACUGAAGAUCCGCGCAGAGAUCCUCACCCAUUUUAUCAAAAUAGCAAAGAAACUGAUGGAGCUAAACAACCUCCAUGGCCUGGUGUCCGUGGUCUCCGCUCUGCAAAGUGCACCCAUCUUCAGGCUCAGCAAGACCUGGGCGUUGAUCAGCCGUAAGGACAAGGCCGCUUUCGAAAAGCUGAACUAUCUGACAACCAAGGAAGAAAACUACAGUCGCCUGAGGGAGUACAUCAGAUCGAUUAAGAUGGUCCCGUGCAUCCCCUAUUUGGGGAUGUACCUACUGGACAUGAUCUACAUCGACUCGGCCUAUCCGGCGUCUGACAGCAUCCUGGAGACGGAGCAGAGGACCAAUCAGAUGAACAACCUCCUGCGAGUCAUCGCAGACCUCCAGGUGUCCUGCAAGUAUGAUCACCUUGUGACCCUUCCCCAUGUGCAGAAGUACUUGAUGUCGGUGCGCUACAUUGAGGAACUUCAAAAGUUUGUGGAGGACGACAACUUCAAGUUGUCUCUGAAGAUCGAGCCAGGGAAUAGUUCGCCGCGCAUGGCCUCCUCAAAGGAAGAUCUGGCAGGUCCGUCGGAGGUGUCUGCUUCUGUGCGCUACAACCGGCGGCGGCCCACCUGCCCCGACACCUCUGUGGCCGUUUACAUGCCCACCCCGCCCCCCUCGCGCCACCGCAAGAGCCACAGCCUGGGCAACAAUAUGAUGUAUCAGUUCGCUGUGUCAGAGAGCAAGAGUGCCACGUUCCCCAUUGAGAAAGCCCGCCACCUGCUGGACGAUAGCUUCCUGGAGUCCCACAGCCCUGCCAGACACCACCCUGCCAACGCAUCCUUCACCAACGGCCUAUCCCUGGCAGCAGACAGUAGUGAGAGCUCCUUCUAUGAUGACCUGUCAUCAGGAGUGGAAAGGGGGCGCAUGUACGCCACUCUGGGCCCCAACUGGAGGGUGCCCCCCCGCCUGCCCCCCAAGAGCUGCAGUUAUAUCUACAGCCCCUCGCAAGUGGAGCCCAUGUGUGGUGCGUCGGAGGCGGGUGGCGUGACCAUGGAGGGUCCCCUGAGGAGAAAGACCCUGCUGAAGAGAGGCAAGAAGCCCAGGCUGUCGUCGUGGACACGCUACUGGGUGUCUCUCUCCGGCUCCACCCUGAACCUCUAUGGGACCAAAGCCCUGAGGGCCUCGCAGAGGAAACAUUACAAAUCGACUCCCUGUAAAACGGUCUCCGUGAUUGGCUGGAUGGCUGUGUUGCCAGACAACCCGGCGAGACCCAACAUCUUCCAGCUGAACGACCCAGACAAAGGGAAUGUUUACAAGUUCCAGACCAGCUCCAGGUUCUCAGCCAUCCUCUGGCACAAGAGCCUGGAGGAGGCCAGCCGGAGCCACAGACCCAAGACACCAGCCAAUCUCAUGUCAUUCGAGUGAGGAGGAAGAUCCCGCCCUAAACCCCUGCCAACCACCCCUCCUCCUCACCCCUCCCCACUCCCACCUGGAAUAAAAGCUCCCCUGGCCCUUUCCCCCUCUCUGCCUGAUGGGGGCGCACUCGUGCCAAAGCUCUUUGAUGACGACGGACAGGCGUGGAACGGAGGACGCCUGCUGAGAUCUGAGAAGAGCACUGAAGAUGGACAUAAACUGCAGCCCAGUACAGAACAGAGCAGGACAGGACAGGACAGAGGCAUGGAGACACGUACAGACUCACUCUGUUGCUACUGUUUCUGUUGCUGUGGCUGCAGAACGUGUCAAAGGAAAACAGUUUCCUCUUUGUCUGGACAAGAGGAGGGAACGAAAAGACAGACAACUCCUUUAUCACUCUUAUCCCUCACCCCCGCCCCUACACCCACACACACACACGCACACAGGGAUACACAUGUGCACACAGACACACACAUGCGCACGCGUGCAUGCACACACACAUAGACACACACGUACGCACAUGCACACUUGCGCACACACACACACACACACACACACACACACACACACCCCUCCUUCCCCCCCAGCCUUACAUGGAUGCUUUUUUUGCCACUUGUGCAUACGUACAGUACGUGAGAGUGCGUGUGCAAAGACCUCGUCUGUCUGCGUUGUACAUGCCUCUACUUACUGCUAAAUAAUGUGAAUGAGCACGUGCUAACUGUAUAGCCCAUGUUGGGUUGCCUAGGAUGCCAUAGUUGGACCUGAGUGAUGCAUAUGCUUAAAAAAAAAGAGAAAAAAGUAAAGAAAUACUAAAAAGGGAAGACGUUUGUUCAGUGUUAGCGAGGAGAAGACAUCUGCCAACAGGCUGACAGGCUGCCUGCUCUGGCUGUGGUUGAGGUGAAGUCACGUGGCCUACCCCCCUGCUUGUGUUUUAUUGGGCUAUUUAUGGGCUAUUUUAAUAGGCAGAUUCGCAGAUUCAUCUAACAGGUUCACCACCAUGCAUCAGUCGGUACGUAUUUAUUUGUAAAAAAAAAUACAAAUCUGGAGGUGCUUAGGAUAGGCAAUUACUCACACCGCCACAGAACCGUAAAAAAUACAUCCUUUGCAAAAAAACUUGAAAUUUCCACUUCAUCAUCUCACGCGCACAACGAGUCAUUGUCAGUGUCUUUGUCACUCGGCAAUCGGGACAUAAACGGAAAAAUGACACAAGAAAAAACUUGAAUCAUUGUUGAAUCGUGUAGUAAACACUUGCACUGAGAUAUAGACAAUGUUGUGGUACAAAAAUGGUUUUUGCUCUGUCUCACCUCUCCAUCAUAGCCUUAAAAAGUAGUGAGCAGUCAUUGGUCCACCCUGCACUCUGGGGUGUGAUGUUGGCUUGGAGCCAUACAUACGUACAUGUGCUCAGCGCUCCUGGUUCAAAAAGUGAAAAACGUUCAUCGAUGAAGGUUAAAUCAGCAGCUUGAGACGCACGUGGCACCACCAUGUGUCCGAGGUCAUUCUGUUCCACACAUCCAGACAAUAUACUCUUAUGAACACCACUGUGAGUGAGGAGUUCAUCUUCAUCCACAAUGGCAGUGUGCCACUCACAUUGUAACAGGAAACAUUGGUCACUAAAAGACAUUUUGUUUAAAACUGUUCAGCCCCGGUGUAUAUGGUAUUACGAUUUCUGCUCUGCUGUAAACAUGUCCUUACAUGUUGGGGGCCAGGACAGAAGGAGAAAAUAAAUAAUUAAAGAGUUGCUAAUCCUCUAAGCCAUCAAGACUAGAACAGAUGCAAACCAAGCUGUUACUGUGAAGAAAACCGUUAACCGGUAAGAUUGGUACCACAAAGUUUAAUUAAGCUAGUCUCUGUUCUUGUUUCUUUUGUGCGCUUGUAAAUGAGUACAGUGGCAGUGUUAUAGAACGUGAUUUAGUUUCAUAUCAUUGGAAUGUGCUUUUGACUAUUUUGUUCAGCUACAUUAGUUCUUGACCUUAAAGUUUAAAAGUCACGCAAGAGGACAUUCUCAAUGAAGAAUCCGAGAAUAAUUUGGACAGAUGAGGAAGAAUAUUUAAGUGUCCCAACAGAACUGGAUUCUUUUAUAAAAGACUACAUGUAUUUGGAAAUGACCUGGAGUGUUAUUAAAUUGAUCUAGACUAAAUUGAUCUAGACCAGACAAUUUAAACUCAAAUGAUAACCUUGCCAUUGUGCUAUGCAUAGUGGCAACACAACCUUGCCUAAUAUGUUCCAAGGAUGAUGAGACAAUCAGAAUAGCUCUCUAUUGGUGUGUUUCUGAAUGUACGAACGAAUAGUGAUUUUUAUUUAUUUUUUGAUUUGUUUUAUAUCAUUGUAACCUCUUCUUUGUGAGUCAGUGUUUUUUUUCUUAAUGGUGUGCCACUCGAACAAGCUUGAAAAAUACAGCUUUUUGUAGAAACUGUAGAAAAGUGUAGGCCUUUGAAGAGGCACACAUACACAUACAUGCAUGCACACACUCUGACACAUGCACAAACACACACACACACACACACACUUCACAGUGACAUGAACAUUUUCACCUGUUGAAAACUACUGUAUUGUGAGACAUCCAGAUGCCUUUCUUAACCAGAGAUCCUUUCCCAAACUGGGUACUAAAGUAAACUGCUGUAGAUUUGCAUUAACUUUCUCAACCUCACGGUUACUGUAUCACACAGCUUGGAUUUACUUACAUACUGUAAUCCAAGUUUCUUUUACUUUGUCAUUUUUCAACAAAGGUUUUCAUAGACAUGUGCGAUGUUGUUAUGAACAUAUGGUUUGCUGUGUUAUGAAAAAAAAUCUAAACAAAAAACAUAGUAUUUCCAUAGUCUAUCACUGCAAGUAAUAGCAUACUGUAUUUGACAACUCAUGUCAUCCGAUGUUAUGUCCUCCUGUCAUCAUAAAUUAAGGAACUUUGAGAACCAACAUGAAUUAUGAAUGAUCAAAAUGGUCACCGCCUGUAUUUACCAUAGGUCCUGGUUAAGUUUGAUGUGGUAUCCUAAGGCCAGGGCUCUGUCUCAAUGCCCAGCGUGAAACGCCCAGUGAUUGGAUUGUUGUUCACCAAAGUGUAUCCAAUCACUGGUUUCACGUCCUAAUAAGGCUAGAACACUGGGCAUUGAGAAAGGGCACACUUUUCUGUUCAGUGUCGCGUCUUUCCAUCUGACGACGUCAGUAUUUUCCUCUUGUUUCUUUGGGAUCAGCCAGAACCACUACCACCUAAAUGUACUUUCUCUUCACAGACACAGUCCUGCUAAUACAGUAUAUACACACACAUAUGUAUUUAUCUCAAUGUGAACUUUUUUUUAUUUUAUAUUUGAAAAUAUUUGUUUAUAUAUGGUUGUUUAUAUUUUGUCUAACCAUACACAAUGUUGUAAACAUGUGACAAUGCAUGUGAUUUUUGUGUUUACCUGACACUUUGUAUUGCCAUGGUACUUUGUUUAGUGCCUCUUCACUUGGGAGUUGUAGAACAGUGUGUUGCUGUACAUAUCCUGCUUUAAAUGACACUGCAUUGAGUUGACUAAUAAAUGCCACUUAGCUAUACAAUGUUCAGUUUGUGGGCUUUUGACCAUGGUUUGGGUUUCACACCAGGCUGAAUUGGGACAAAGGAAAGGCCCAAGCACUUUUACACAAGCCUGGUUCACACCAGACGGUGUAUGUGUAGCUUCGGCGCCCCCUGGCGGAGCAGAGCUACACACACAACGUCUGGUGUGAACCAGGCUACUUUUACACAGCCCCCUCAAACAGAAUACCAAAAAAAACCUGCACUGGUCCCUGAGGACUGUUGGCUCACCUUGAAAUGCCCCGUAUGCCAGAUGGCCAGUUUCAUGAUCCGAAAUACGGAUAUCUUUAAUUACCUAUAGUCUUUUUCAUUGUUUUGAUAAUGCAAGAAUACUGCAGAACAAAAAGAGAUUUUGCCAGAGUUUGCCACUUUCAUUUAUUUAUAAAGACAGCAUACUUUAGCUUCAUAUAUUUAUACCUGGCCAAGCAAAUGUCACGCUUUUGAGAUGUAUCGUCGGUCUGAUUGUGUGCGGUAGCAGAAUAGCUAAAAACUGUGCCUCAGUCGAUCGUCUCAACCUAAUCUCCAAUCCCCAACCCCUACACACAAACUCUCUCACACACUCACACACACAAUGUAGAAGUGCACACAGAUAUUAUUAUUGUAAUAUUUUGUCAACCGUUUCCGCGGCUUCAUUUUCCUCCACUGCACUGUAAGUGUAACUUCAGGUUUGGACCCUCGCUUUGUUUUGGAAGACUUCAGUUGCUUGUUCCACCGAGACGAUGGCAUGCCAGUCACAGCAUGAUCUCUUCACAUAAUAUGAACUAAUUAAUCCAAUCACAUUAUCUCAGAGCCUAUUACUGCAACUCAGAAGAGGGAACAUGAUGUCAGACGCAGUAGCCUCAGGCAAGAGGUCUUCACUGUAUAACCCAGUGCUGGGGUUUGGGAAGAACACAACUGUGCAUUAGUCUAUUUUGGGGCUUAAUACAGUUAAAAUCGUUGGCCAGGGUUUAUAAAGGUGGUAAAGUGUAUUAUUUUUC